AUGGUGGCUAAAAACAGAAAGCAGACCGGGAAGAGUCCGGCGACCCAGGCUGACCGCGACAGGAGCCCGCUUGUUUCGCCCCCUGGCAAAAGUAACAUCAGGCGACCAGGCAGGGAGGGCAAGGCUUUCACCAGCUCUCAUCCAAACGGGCUCUCGGGCAUCAGACACAAGCUCGGGCUAACUCCCUCUGCAGUCGUGAAGCUGGGAAUCACUCUUCUCCUCGCUGCUCUGACUGGAUAUCUGCACUGGUAUCAUCUCACACAGCUGUUUGAGAAUGACAGGCACUUUUCCCACCUGUCGACCCUGGAGAAGGAGAUGGCUUUUCGGACAGAAAUGGGUCUGUACUAUUCCUAUUACAAAACCAUUAUUGAGGCUCCCUCUUUCCUGGACGGCCUCCACAUGGUCAUGAACGAUCGGCUGACAGAGUACCCCUUGGUUAUUAACACACUGCAGAGAUUUAAUCUCUAUCCAGAGGUGGUCUUGGCCAGCUGGUACCGGAUGUACACAGGUGUAAUGGGCUACUUUGGGAUUCCCACGAAGAUGUGCUGGUCCAUCAACAGAGGAGAGGGACUCACUCCCGUGGACAGCUGUGAAGGCAUGGGCGAUCCAGCGUAUUUCUACGUGACCUGUGUGUUCCUGCUGAACGGCGUGAUGAUGAGCCUGUUCUUCCUCUACGGUGCCUACCUCAGUGGCAGUCGGCUUGGCGGCAUUGUUACCACGAUGUGUUUUUUCUUUAAUCACGGCGAGAGCACUCGUGUGAUGUGGACUCCGCCACUGAGGGAGAGCUUUGCUUAUCCCUUCUUAGUCCUGCAGAUGCUUCUUCUCACCUACAUCCUUCGGACACGGAACCCGAGCAGGACAGCCAUGGUCACUCUGGGCAUCUCCAAUUUGUGCUUCAUGCUGCCUUGGCAGUUCGCCCAGUUUGUGCUGCUCACUCAGGUGGCUUCUCUGUUUGCUUCGUACAUCCUGGGUUACCUCGGCCCCGCCAAGAUGCAGUCCAUCCUGGUCACUCAUAUGAUCACGCUCGGCGUCUGCUUUAUCCUGAUGUUUGGUAACUCCAUGCUCCUCACGUCCUUCUACGCCUCCUCGCUUGUCUCCAUCUGGGCAAUCACUGCACUGAGGGAUCGGUUUGCUCAAGUUUUCAAACCUGGCAUCGUGGUCUGGGUCAUGCAGGGUUUGGCGUGGGUCGGCGCCACAGUUCUGCUCAAAUUCACAUUGUCCACGAUCCUCGGUGCCUCUGAUGAUGCUCACAUCAGUGGAUUGAUCAAGUCUAAGUUCACCAGCUACAAGGACUUCCACACCAUGAUGUACACAUGCGCUGCAGAAUUUGACUUCAUGGAGUUAGAGACCCCUGUACGUUACCUCAAAACAUUGCUGCUGCCCAUCAACAUGCUGGUGGUUGCUCUGAUUGUCGGGAGGACCAUCCAGGAUAUAGUCCGGUUCCUGAGGGAUGGAGGGAAGAUGUCUGGCAAAAGUGAAGAAGUCGAUGAAGCUGCAGGGUCUGAGAUAGCUGCAAAAGGAGAGCUGGUGUACCACAGUCUGCAGCUGGUGGCAUUUGCUGUCCUGGCCGUCCUCAUCAUGCGUCUGAAGCUCUUCCUGACACCCCACAUGUGCAUCAUGGCUUCGCUUAUCUGCUCCAAACAGUUGUUUGGCUGGAUCGGGGAGAGGUUUAAGCACCAGGUUGUGGUGUUCGCUAUAAUGGCCGUCAUGGCCAUACAGGGAGUGGCCAACCUGCAGGCGCAGUGGGCGAUCAUCGGAGAGUUCAGCAACCUGCCGCAGGAGGAGCUGCUGGACUGGAUCCAGGACAGGACCCCUCCCGAUUCUGUGUUUGCGGGAGCGAUGCCCACCAUGGCCAGUGUGAAGCUGUCCACAGGUCGGCCCAUAGUCAACCAUCCCCACUAUGAAGACGCUGGUCUGAGAGAGAGAACCAAGCUGGUCUACUCCAUGUACAGCCGUAUGUCUGGAGAGACAGUGAAGAGAAAUCUGAUGAAGCUGGGAGUGGACUUCUUCGUCCUGGAGGAUUCCUGGUGCACGAGAAGAACCAGGCCCGGGUGCAGCAUGCCAGAGAUCUGGGACAUUGAGGAUUCCCAAAACGCUGGUAAAACUCCCCUCUGCACCCACAUGUCCAGGAACUCACGACCCCACUUCACCACAGUCUUUUCCAAUGACAUUUACAAAGUUCUGAAAGUCCCCAAAGUCACCAAAGAUCUCAGAUAACACUGCUGGAUGGACUGGUCCAGCACCAAACUCGUUCUGUCCACCACCUCUUUUUGUUUUUUUUGGGGGGGUUUUUUUUGGUAAUAUUUUUUUGGUCCCAAAACUCAAACCCCCGUUCCCCGUUUUUCACGGUGCUUUGAUUCACUGGGCGGUGGACUAACAAUAGGUUGGAUAUGCCAAAACAAUCUGCCACGAGUCUUUCCAGUCCUGUCGACCUCAUGUCUGUCAGAAUUUGUGACUUAAAGAGAGUCCCUGUUCCCCGCAUUUUGCCAAUCUUCCUUCUUGCUGCAUCUUUGUCAUCCAGCGACGUCCCCGUGAUGGUGAUGACAGCUGGUGCCCAAGUGAAUGCCUAAAGGUGUUGUAGCUCUUUGUUUAGCUUGUUGCAUUUGUUCUGUUACACACAGUCUGUAUUUGAAGAGAUGCUGUUCAAACAUCGUUUUUUUUUUUUUUUACGUUAUGUAAAAAAAAUUUUCAUUUUGGACUUUCGCUUAAGAAGUAAAUUUUGUCUAGCAGGACCAAUCGAUGAUGUCCACAUACUGUGAAGCAAUACCCUUUGCAAACUUGACAAAAGCCGACUUCUUCUAUUGUUCUACACAGUGUUGACCUCUGAAAGGAUUUUGAGAUUUUUUUAAAUAAUUUAUUUGUGUGAAUAUUUUUAUGCAAACUUCAAAGUGUUAAAAUGUUUUUCUUUUGAAGCGAACAGUGUUUUAAGAGUCUUGGGAAUCACAGGGGGAAAAUUCUGUUCUUGUGUUUGGAAGCUUUUCAAAUCUUUCUAUUACAUAUCAUUCAGCAUUGCUGUCUCGAUUGGUUUCACUCAAGAAUAUUUUUAGAAAACUUUUGAUCUUAAUUCAGUUAUAAAAACUGGCAGCAAGAGUUUUUUUUUUUUUUUUUAAUGUCAAAACAAUUUAAAAAAAAAAAAACAAACAAAAAAACCUAACAAGUAGUUUUAACCUAACUGUGUCCUGUAACAACAUUUUUGUAAAUACCCAAACAGUUGUUUUGUAAAAUACCAAUGUACGGCCUUUAAAAGGUUCUAUGUGUUUAUCGAAUUAUUGUUAAUUGCCAAAGGAAGUCCUGUUAUUAAAGCUGGGUAUUCGGGAUACUGUAGCAAAUGAAAGAUGUGUUUUUUGGUGAUUGACAACCAUCGGUUUGUGAGUUCUGUAACAGCCAAUUCAAAGUAUUUGUAGCAGUGAAUUUUAUGUAAAUGAUAGCAGGUGUUGGUUCCUUUGUUUGUUUGGGCCACAAUAAUGAUUGUUCGAUAUUCUAAGGAAAAUGCUUAUUUGCUUUCUUGCUUAGAGUUUGAUGAGACAAUCGGGAAGCUACAGCCUAGAGGUAAUUAGAUUAGCUUAGCAUAAAGAUUGGAAACGGGGAAACGGCUAGCCUGGCGCCGUCCAAAGGUUAAGGAAUUAUCGAACCAACAUCUUUAGUGUUGCUGACCUUCGGACAGAGGCCAGGCUAGCUGUUUCCCCCUGCUGAGCUAACUGCAUACAAGUCUGCGGCCUCACAUUUAGCGCACAGAUCAAAGCCUGCUAUCGAUCUUCUCAUCCGACUCUUAUCGAGAAAAACAAAUAAGCGUAUUCAAAAUUUGUCAAACUAUAUUGCGUGUUAAAAUAAGAAGAUCUGAAAAAGUGUCCUUUAUACCCACUGUAGGUUAAAUUAGCAGUGGCUCCAUAGCUGCAUGUUGUAUUGAUGGUUUGUCCUAAUGUUAUCAGACUCAUUGGUAAGUUUAAAUAUAGUUUUUUUUAUAUCACGGCUCUAUAAACGAACAGUAUGAGUCAAUAUACAGCAGGAUUGUCUUAGACUGGAACAGUUUUUUUUUUUUUUUUUGUCUUAAAAGCAAUAGGCCUCACUCAUUCGCUUUUUUUGUUUGUUUUUUUGCUGAGAGUUCGAUGAGAAGAUUGAUACCACUCAUGUCUGUAGGCUGAAUAUGAAGUUACAGCCUGCAGGCAGGUAGCUUAGCAUAGCAUGAAGACUGGAGGUAGGGGGGCAACAGCCAGUCUGGCUUUGUCGUGCUAGUCCAAAAGUACGCUUUCAUCUCUGCACCUCUAAAAGUGUAAUAACCACAGGUUGUGUAUUUCCCAAAAUGUUGAACUGUUCCUUUAACCGAGAGGAGCCACCGCGUUGGAGCAGAGGCAACUGAAGAAACAAACAUUACCGCUGCCUCCUCUCCGAGCCCCUUUCCUCCUGCAGGAGCUUGAGUUCAAGCCGCGGCCACGGAGACACACAGUUUUCUAUUACACGUUUACUCGAACAGGGCAGCAUGUCCUUCCCCAUCACGAUCAGAUGCUCCAUGAUGACGUUCAUUUCUAAAAAGACGCUGCAAGUUUUUCUCUUGGCGGUAGAGUUUGUUUUUUUUUUACGUUUGUGACGGGUUGAAACCAUUUCCGUACAACACACCUCGGGAUGGAUGAUUUCAUUGAUUCGGGCAUCAGAAUGAGAUGAAAGAACAAAUGAGAUCAGUGAGGUGACACUUUUAAACAAAAAAAAAAACAUACAUUCAGAAUUUAAAAAGCGCUUCUGUGGUGAGGCUAAAUGUGCUGGAGCGAGUGGCCAAACAAAUCAAACAUGGGAACGUGUGACCCCUUACAUCUUGUGCAUUUGAUUUCGGAGCUGUUUGUUUACGCACUGCCCCUUCGAGGACUGAGGAUUUGACGAUGUAGAAGUGAUCUUGUUACGUCAAGUGCCCAUUUUUAAGGAGUGGGGCUGUUGAGUCACACUUCCCAAAACACUUUGACAUAAGUAGUUUAUUCCUUUCACAGGCAUAGGUGUGUGUCAGAUGUCUUUUAUAAUAUUUGUCUAUUUUGUCUGUAUUUUAAAAAAAAAAGAAAUAAAAUAUUUGCCAUCA